AUGCUAUGGGCAGGACGCGAUUACGACAGCCUCGGGGAUGCCAUCCCCGAUCAAGAAGCACCAAUCCCCAGGCUGCGCCAGGCUGGCAGAUCAUGGGGACACCUCACAGAUCCAGGCUCAGCGAUGUUGCCAAGGCGGGAAUCGUCCGAUGACUGGGCGAUGCCUUCCCGGCUGCCUCACUCCUUGGGCUACCAGGAUGUGAAUCUUGGAGUUGUCCCUGGGCAGGUGUAUCCUCGGUCCUUCACGCUCAGCUCAGGAUACGAGGUGGACCCCACACUUCGAUUUGCGGGAUCCCGCGAUGGCGAGCUGUCACCAAUACGCGCAACUUCGGUGAUGAGAUCAGCAUCACCACUGACGACCGUCUAUAGUCUGCCAGCACAGGUUUAUACAAGACAGCCGAGCCCAAUCGCUUCGGUUUCAACCAGCGGCUUGUCAGUCACUCGCCCGGCCUACACUGGGCCCGUGGAGGCCACUUCUUAUUCCUAUACACAGGUGGCUGCACCCAAGUCUUUCUCCCAAGGCAAGUACCUGUCGUGGUCCCCAGGCUCAGGCUCGUGGACAAACUAUUCAUCAAGCGACAGGGCUGGAGAGUGUGGGCGGAGCGAGGGCGCACUCAGCUCCGCCAGAGCAAACGCUGGCAAGCAGGAGAGCGUCGACCAGCAAGGGGUGCCACAAAAGAGCAGCUUGCCGUCUGUCGACUCCUUGGCGAGUGCUCCACGGCCACUGCCGCUCUCGUUGGGCCAGCCGCCGGCCACGGCUCAAGCCGAGGCAUAUCCUGCUGUGCGAUAUUACGCGGCUGGCUUGACUGAUAGCCAGCAGCUGCAGACGGUGGCGGCUUUGGGUACUACCUACGCCGCGGCACCACUUCCGUGCGCAAGUGUCUCAGCGUCUGCGACGGCAUCUCGGUCGUCUUUCCAGAGACUCCAGGCUGGCAAGCAGGAGGGCGUCGACCAGCAAGGGGUGCCACAAAAGAGCAGCUUGCCGUCUGUCGACUCCUUGGCGAGUGCUCCACGGCCACUGCCACUCUCGUUGGGCCAGCCGCCGGCCACGGCUCAAGCCGAGGCAUAUCCUGCUGUGCGAUAUUACGCGGCCGGCCUGACUGAUAGCCAGCAGCUGCAGACGGUGGCUGCUUUGGGUACUACCUACACCGCGGCACCACUUCCGUGCGCAACCUCAUCUUUGGCACCGUGGGCAGCACAUGCGCCAGUCGCAACCGGCAGCCACGUUAGAUCCAUUUCGUGGUCACCGUGUACCGUGACAGACUUGCCAGUGCCUGCGGCCAGCCAGGACGGUUGGCUCGCUCAAAACAUCCCUGCAAGUAGUUCACCUCUGCCUCCACGCAUCGGAAGCGUGAGCCCAAUGAAGUGUUUGCCUGUGGGAUGUACCAGACGUGAAUGGGCGCCCGAGGUGCCGCGGUCGCUUCAGGGCAGCCUUUCGAGAUGUGUGUCGUGGUCACCAGAUACCAUGGUGGUAGAGCCGGUGCCCAUGGACAGCCAGGCACUGCCUUAUUCCAAGGACCCCUCGGAUGCCUGGUUCGCUCCAAACACUCUGGCGAGCAGUUCAUCUCUGCCUCCACGCAUCGGGAGCGUGAGCCCACUGAAGUGCCUGCCUGCGGCGUACACCAGACAUGAGUGGGACCCCGAGGCAAAAGGCCAGGCUCCGCAUCCGCCCCCGGCCCAAGCGGUGCCGAAGGCGGCGAACUUUCCGCAACUCUUGGCUGAGGCGAGAAGCAGGCUGCAGCAGAAGGUAGCUGCCGCUGCGGCUGUUCUCGACGUCUACGAUGCCUGCAGACCCAGUCGUGGACAGAAAUUGAAGAUCGUGAGACCUAUUUUCUUUUACACAGGGAACGAGUCACCGGUCGGCGAGUAUGUCAACAACACAGGUUUGAUGUGGGAGCUGGGAGAAAAGAUGGGCGACAGCUGCCCGAGAUGCGUAUCAUACUGCACAACAGCACAGGCAUUGGAAGACUAUGCAGCCAUCAUGUCACAGCUGCGGCAGCAGCAUGUGCAGCGCGCGCCUGUCAUUGUCUUUGGUGGGAGCUAUGGGGGCAUGCUUUCCGGAUGGAUGAGAAUGAAAUACCCAGAGGUCGUGGACGGUGCCAUUGCGGCAUCGGCACCGAUCUGGCAGCUGUCUACCACAGUCACGCGAGAGACCGUUGAUUGGCCAGCUGUGGCGAUCAGCCGUGGCCUAUCCUCAGCAGGAGGAUCCUCUGAGAAAUGUCUGGCGAAUUUGCAAGUAGCCUGGCCGCUGCUUCGGGGCCUCGAGUCUCCUGUCGCUCUGCAACUCCUAAGUCGGCGUUUGAACACUUGCACUCAGCUUGAAAGCAUCGAAAGCUUGACUUCGUGGGCGGCUGCCUCAUUCUUCCUGUUGGCCGAGGGCAACUAUCCAUAUCCAUCGUCCUACAUAACCUACGCAGUCGGGUCCGGAUCCGCACUUCCAGCCUGGCCGAUGAGGGUAGCCUGCAGAGGCUUGAGCAAAGACUUCGGAAUCGAUGUGAAAGGAUCGCGUUCAGAUGUGAACUACACGGCAAGGAUGGGAGCUCUGCAGGUCACGGUGGAUUGGACUCGCUGGUGGAGCAACGAAGAGCAACUAACCAAGGAGGAACUUCAGGCAUCUAACAUUUUGGAAUUGGCUGCCGCGGUCACAGAUGCUGCAGGAGUUUGGUACAAUGCCUCCGGGGAGCAGUCAUGCUGGAACAUUAGCUCUGGGGAUUCUCAAGUACCCCCACAGACUCGGCAAGGCAAGAAACUUGCCCGGGCCAGUGCGGCCCGGGCCCCUUCGGCCGCGUCCUGCUCUGCUUGCCCUCCUUGCCCGAGCUGCCCAGCCUGCCCGGUGUCGCGCUGCGCCAGUUUCGAGCCUCCGUGCAACUUCACUGGACAGGUGCCCAAGACCUUCUCCUGGGAUGCCAUCGUUUGCAACGACGACCUCUCUCAAAUCUCCGCACAAGGCUUGGGCAGGGAUUUAUACUGGCCACCAAGCGUGCCCUUCCGGAACUUUACGGUUGCAAGCAUGGUUGGGCCACACCAGCUGGUUCCGGCCAGCUGUACCGAGCACUUCAAUGUGAUGGGACUCCGAGGAGCGCCUGUGACGACGGACCCCUGGAGUGGCUGGCUGACGGCAUACUAUGGAGGGCGGGAUGCGCUGUUGGCAGAGAGCAAGCUUGAGGAGCCUGCAAUACGGAGGCCCAGUGACACCUUGGAGCUCUCACUCAAGGUGCUGCCGAAGCCAGAGGCGAUUCAGUCGAACCUGAGCGGCCGCCCUGGCACCCAAACGCCGCUGCCGCUGCCGCCGCUGCCUGCGCUACCUUCCAGGUAUUUCACUCCACCCCGGGUGACAAGCGACCUGCUGACGCUGUCAAAGUCCGAAUCGUGGGGGCUGGACGGACCUGGGGAGGCCAAAGACUUCGAGGGGAAAACGCCAUGCUCUGUAAGCUCGGGCACUACAGUGGAUCCGCAAAGACUCUUCCGCAUGGAUCAGGAGUCGGAGUUUGAUCUUGCAACCCAGAAGCCUAAAGUGGAGUUCAGCCAGCAGCCCGAGAUGGCAGCGUCGGAUUCAGGGCUUCAGCUGCCGACAGAGCCAGUCACGGCGAGCUUUUGUCAAUCCAGGCCGUCUUGGACUCCUCCAGCUUGUCCAGUGAACGAGAGGGGUGCUCCAGAUCCCAAACCCACAAGGAGCCAGUCAGUGCCGACAGGGCUCGACUUGGGCCAGCGGGAGGUGGCUGAGGAGAAGGAGAAAGAUGGAGAUACAAGCAAUCCUAGAGGUGCUGGAGACAUUGCUGGGGGAUGGUCUCACUUCAAAGCCAAGGCGGCGCUGCAUGCCAGUGACCUGCUGCUUGAACGCAAAGGCAACGUUCUCGUGACGUCUCCCCGCAGCGGCGCCAAGGCGGCCGCGGUCUCGGAACUGCUUCCUCGCUCCGCGGGCAGAGGUGAAGGUGGCGACGGCACCUCGGCCUGCCGGCCAUCACUCCGAAGCAGUCGCUCCGACGGCUCCGACGGCUCCGACGGUCCGGUUGAAGGCGUCCUGCUCGAUGCUCGUGCGGAUGGCAAGGGUGGCGGCAGGCGAAAUGAUCCGAACAGGAAGCUGAGAGUGGAGAUCUCCGAGAUGAACUACAAGAUGCGAAACACGUGGGCUGUACCGCCCACGCGCUACUUCGCGUUCAGAGAGGUCAUGAAGGCUCAGGUGAUACCUGUGGUGAAGACACCGAAUGUAACUUUCUCGAAGUGGUCCACAGCAGAUGCCCUGCUGUACUUUGGGUCUCAUCGAGACGUUUGUGCUUUGAACUUUGCAAACGGGGAGCAGGUGGGCGGGGGCUACAAGACUGGAGCGCUGGCACAGGAAGAGGAUCUUUGCCGACGCCUUCCCAAUCUGUACACUUCCCUACUGAAUGCCAAGCGGGAUGGCUUGUAUCCUUUCGGACCUCCAACAUGCCGAUCAAAGGAUCGGCCAGAGAGGUAUUCGGACGUCCUUUUCACGCCCGACUUGGUUGUAGCGCGGGAGUCCGAAGAGCGUCGAUUUGAAGUCCUGCCGCGAGAGAAGCAGGUACGCGUUUCUUUGGUGACGGCAGCUGCACCGAAUAUCAAUUUUGCCAAAGAGGUGUAUGACUUGGACCUCAUGGCCAACACUAUCCGUGCAAUCUUCCUCGUUCCGAGGAUGGCGAGGCCCGAGCUUGAUACCCUGAUCCUCGGAGCCUGGGGUUGUGGCGCAUUCGGAUGCAACCCGCAGCACGUCAGUGAUCUGUUUGCCCGGGCCGUCGUGAACGAGGGGCUUGGGAAUCUGUACAAGGAGAUUCAUUUUGCCAUUCCUGCGGAUGCCAACGGGAUGGCCUUCCGGGAAACCUUCGCGAAAGUUCCCUUCAAGGAACUCUGA